UACUAGUUCUUCAGUUGCCUUUUUUUGUUAAUUUUUAUAUAUCCUGAGUUAAUUUUUAUAUGAUUGUUGUAUAUAUUCUGACUUCUGAGUCAAUUGUAUGGAUUCUGAGUUAAUUGCAUGGAUGUUGGAUUCUGGGUUAAUUCUAUGGAUAUUGGAUUCAAACUCGAUUCUCUGCUUAUUUUCCAGGUUUUUGUUGUUUGAAGUUCGUUAAUUGGAUUCUCUAGCCCCUAUUGAGUUUUGAAUCUUUUGAUUGUUUAGCAAUUUGAUCUUAUUUGUUUAUUUAAGCUUUCCAGUGAUUUCUUGAAAAUUACAAAGAUUGAUUUUUUGUUUGAGUUGUUGAUUCUGGUUCUGAUUUCUUUUUAUUUUUUAUUUUUUAUUUUUUAUUUUCGGUUGAUGGUGCUAUGGUAACUAGUAAGCACUGCCUUGUUCAUGGUGUUGUUAUUUAUUUAGUUAUUUUUUUAGUUUUUAUGAAACUGAAAUAAACUGAUGGUGGUAGAACAUGAUUUUGUUUUUUGGACAUUUAUGUGUAUUUUGAUUUUUAUUAGUUAUGAAUGUUGAUGUUUAAAGUUAUUUGUAAACUUUUAAUGAAUAAUUUAUUAAAUGAAAUUGUAAAAUUUUAAAUUUUAUCAUGUUAAAAAUAAUUGAAUUUAAAUAUUUAAAAGUAUAUGUUAAAUUUUUAAUAUUUUUAGUUUAUAUUUGAUUAGACUGAUUGAACUCGGGUUGACUCUUUGAACUAUUAAACCAGUUAUUCCACUGGUCUAGUUCUCGCAACCUUGCUAAUGUCCUUUGCCCAAUAUUUGAUUAACAGAACAAAAUAAUCGAAUAUACAUAUACAAAUCGUUAUAUUUAGCACUCAUGAUAUAAGUGUUGACUAUAUGUUUUUUUGUUUAAAAAAAAAAAAUUUGACCAGCUAAGAAUUGAGAGGACUCUAGGCUAACGACAGAAUUUAUUUUGAAAAUCAAGUUUUUUUAAAAUAAAAAAGUUAAUAAAGUAAAAACAAAUAAAAAUUUAUUCACUCUCAAAUUAAAAUAAUAAAAAUUAUAAAUUUAAUGAUAAUUAACUCGUUAUUUACGAUUCUUCUCACAUCUGUUUCCUUGUUAUCAGUGCAACAAAUAAAAACUAACGUUUUGUUUGGAUAAAAUUGAGUGGGAGCUUCUGACUAGACACAAGACUCAAUGAAGAUGGGUUGUUUGAACGGGACAACCAUCUCACUCUCAUGCCUCAAACUCGCUUUCCCUUCUUACCCUUCUUCCUUCCAGAACCUUCCAUUUCGCCGCACCAUCAAGCCUCUCUCCGCCGCCCUCCAAACAUCUCCCGCCACUUCACCAUCAACCACCAAGGCCGAGGACCAAGGUGCGAGGUCUCACUGGAAGGCCGCAAUAGACUUCAAGUGGAUAAAGGAUAACAAGGAAGCAGUUGCUGCCAACAUUCGCAACCGUAACUCCGAUGUUGAUUUGGAACUCGUCCUUCAACUCUAUGACCAGUUCUUUAAUCUUCAAAAGUGUCAUCUAAUUAGAUUAAUGCAAAGACAUAGGAAGGGGGAGGAAAAAAGGAUUUUUUGGUCCCAAUUGCUCAGCUAAUUGGUUUCCAGAAAGCAGGAAGUUGAGAGAGUGCGCGGAGAAAGAAAUGCAGUAGCAAACAAGAUGAAAGGGAAAAUGGAACAAUUUGAGCGUCAAAGACUAAUUGAGGAAGGAAAGAAUUUGAAGGAAGGACUCAUUGCUUUGGAAGAAGACCUGCUCAAGCUUAAUGACAAACUUCAACUCGAAGCACAACGGAUACCAAACAUGACUCAUCCACAUGUUCCAAUAGGUGGAGAGGAUAGUUCUAUGACAAGGAAGCUGGUUGGCAGCGCUCCAGAAUUUAGUUUCCCUGUCAAGGAUCAUCUUGAACUAGGAAAGGAACUUUGCCUUUUCGAUUUCGACACAGCUGCAGAGGUCAGUGGCUCAAAGUUCUACUACUUGAAAAAUGAUGCAGUUUUGUUAGAGAUGGCCCUUGUGAAUUGGACACUCUCAGAAGUGAUGAAGAGAGGCUUUACUCCAUUAACAACGCCUGAACUUGUACGGUCCUCCAUUGUUGAAAAAUGUGGUUUCCAACCUCGUGGAAACAAUACACAGGUUUAUUCCAUAGAAGAUAGUGACCAAUGCCUCAUCGGCACUGCAGAGAUACCUGUCGGGGGUCUUCAUAUGGAUUCUAUACUUGCUGAAACUUUGUUACCCCUGAAAUAUGUAGCAUUUUCUCAUUGCUUCCGUACUGAGGCUGGUGCCGCUGGCAGUGCAACAAGGGGUCUUUAUCGAGUUCACCAGUUCAGCAAGGUUGAAAUGUUUAUUUUCUGCCGCCCAGAAGACAGUGAACAUUAUCAUGAAGAGCUUAUUAAAAUUGAAGAAGACAUGUUCUCAUCCCUUGGGUUACAUUUUAAAAUUUUAGAUAUGGCUUCCGAAGAUUUAGGCGCACCUGCUUACCGUAAAUUUGAUGUGGAGGCUUGGAUGCCUGGCUUAGAACGGUUUGGCGAGAUUUCAAGUGCAUCAAAUUGCACAGACUAUCAGAGCCGUAGGUUGGGAAUCCGGUAUCGCCCGUUGGAAGCGCCAGUUGCAAGCCCGAAAAAGUCUAAAAGCAAUCUGGCUCCACCACAGUUUGUUCACACACUAAAUGCAACAGCUUGUGCAGUACCACGGAUGAUAAUAUGCUUGCUUGAGAAUUACCAGCAAGAAGAUGGAUCCAUCCUUAUCCCUGAGCCUUUGAGGCCCUUCAUGGGUGGGCGUAGUGUUAUUUCUAGAAAAUCUUGAUACAAGGGAUCGCGACAUUUGCAUCAUUUGAAGGAUAUUUGCUGUUGCGGCUUUAGAUUGUGGUGGUAGAUGAGUUCAAUCAACUUCCUACAUUAUAGCCUUUGGAAGAACUGGAAAGAAGGCGGCAAAAAUCAUGCAUAUAUUAAUUAGUAAUGUAGAAAGGAAGGAGUAGAACAAUACUAUCUCUGAAAAUUAACUAACUAUUGAACUUAAAAAAUAAAGAAAAAUAAAACAUAAAAUAUCUUAAAUCCUAUACUAAAAUCUGAACUAUUGAUAUAAAAUAUAAUACACAACAACAAUAUUUUAUCUCAUUAAAAUUGAUAUAAAAUAUAAUAAAUAGAAAAUUAAGAUUUGUUUAAUUAACAAGGAGGGUAGUACUUAUU